AUGGCUACAAAUCAGCUUAUCGAUUCUCUUCCCGUAGAAAUCAUUCGGGAUAUUGUCGAGUUUGCAUGUCGAACCGACUCUGCCACUGCAGCGACGCUCGAUUGUGUCUGCUUUGCAUUUCGAAAGUGGACAGGUCCACUUCUUUAUCAAACCGUCCUUUUACAUAGCCCAUCGCCUCUUAUUUCGUUCAUAGAAACCAUCAUAGCUGCACCGUCGGUGUCAACUGGGGUGCAGCGAGAUAGAGGAUUCUAUGCCACCCACGUCAAGUAUAUGAGCAUUCGGAACGCAAAACUUCCAUUGCAUCAUCUUCACACAAUAUACGAAAUCUGCUCUGGCAUACAAACGCUGGAGCUCGAUGACGAUCGUGGCCUGGAACUCGUUCGUCCUGAUGCCGCUCGGCCAAAGGAGCUCAUUUUGACGAGGCAGUUGGGCAAACACAGAGAGAUUAUACCCAUGCUCUGCGAACUAGAGUCACUAUGGAUCAUCGAAGCAUCCUCAUAUCCACACAUAUUGAACAGUGGGCUUCGACGACUGGGUUUCUCUAUGCGAUUCAUGGAACUCUACUGGCUUACAAAAUCUGGAUGGUUUGAACAGAUACACCAGUCAUUGCCUAUGCUGGAUAUGCUGGUCAUCACUCUCUCGAGAGGACAGUAUCUGCACUCCCGAGGGACAGCAUCGAAUCAUGUCUUUACCCCAAGUGAUGUCUGGGCAUCUGACAUGAAAACUGUCAGAGAUCCACGCAUCUAUAUCCGCCCUAUACAUCCCUCUGCAGAGCAGCUCGUGGUCGACUCUAGGGAAUUAGGAGUGGACGUAUGGACAUUGGCACUUCUUGACGCAGUUCAGCACCCGAUUUUUUUUUCUGUAGAGUGA